AUGAAGCUCUCCACAUUCGCGACCGCCGCGCUGAUCGGCGCGACGAGCGUCGAGGCUGCCCUCUCGAUUACAUGGACCGAUGAGAACUCCGUCAAGCAAGCGAUGCAGACAGUUGCCAAAGGCAUGACGCAGUACUAUACUGGUAACAGACCGGGCGAUGUUCCCGGAAACUUGCCCGACCCGUACUACUGGUGGGAGGCCGGCGCGAUGUUCGGAGCCUUGAUUGACUACUGGUACUACACCGGCGACGACCAGUUCAACGCCAUCACCACCCAGGCCAUGCUCCACCAGAUUGGCCCCCAGGAAGAUUACAUGCCACCCAACCAAUCACGCACUCUGGGAAAUGAUGACCAGGCUUUCUGGGGAAUGUCCGCCAUGUCAGCUGCUGAGAACAAGUACCCGGAUCCGCCGGACGGACAACCGGGUUGGCUCGCCUUGGCGCAGGCUGUCUUCAACACUCAGGCACCGCGCUGGGACAACGAAACAUGCGGUGGUGGCCUCAAGUGGCAGAUUUUCACUUUCAACAACGGCUACAACUAUAAGAAUACCAUUUCCCAAGGUUGCUUCUUCAACAUUGCUGCGCGGCUUGCUCGCUACACCAACAACGAGACGUACUCCGACUGGGCUGAGAUAGCCUGGGACUGGACCGUCGCCAUCGGUCUGAUGGACAGCAACUUCCACUUCUACGACGGUACCGAUGACAGGAUCAACUGUACACAGAUCAACCAUAUUCAGUGGACAUACAAUGCUGGCGUUUUCCUUUAUGGCGCUGCGACCAUGUGGAAUAUUAGCGCCGAAGCUGGCAAGGAAACCGAAACAAGCGGAAAGUGGCAUGACCGCCUGCAGGGAAUCAUCUCAGGACUCGAUGUCUUCACCAAGAAUGGCAAUGUUUUAGAGGAAGUUGCCUGCGAAGCCAACGGCAAAUGCAACAUCGAUCAGCGCUCUUUCAAGGCCUACAUCUCUCGCUGGAUGGCUGCUACGACCAAGGUUGCCCCCUGGACCACGGCACAACUGGAUCCUGUCCUGGCAGCUUCGCGCGAGGCCGCCGUCAAAACCUGUACCGGCGGAAGUGACGGGAGCCAGUGCGGCUUGAGAUGGACGACCGGCUCGUUCGAUGGUAGCACUGGUGUCGGCGAGCAGAUGGCUGCCCUCGAAGUCAUGGGCACCGCUCUUAUUGCCAACGUUGCUGGACCUCUUACCAACAAGACUGGUGGAACUUCCCAAGGAAAUCCUUCUGCCGGUUCGAACAGUCAAACGACACCGACAUCGGCUGAUCCUAUUUCGACGGGAGACAAAGCUGGCGCUGGGUUCCUUACUGCUGUAAUUCUCAUCGGCAUUUUGGGUGGCGCAUGGUGGAUGGUGGUGUAA